AGAAAAAUGAAAGUGAUUUCAAGCAAGAAGUUUAUUCUAUUUGCUUUAGCUACAAUGGUCUGUCUAAUAUCAAAUAGUACGUGCCUAGAUGUACUGAUGAAGUCCAGCCUGCAGAGCAGAGAAGAUGAUGACGAUAAGUAUUACGAGAUUAAAGACAGUAUCUUGGAAGAAAAGCAGAGGAGUCUCAAUUUUGAAGAAACGAAAGACUGGGGAUCAAAAAAUAUCAUUAAAAUAAACCCUCCUACAGUAAACAAGAUGCCAAAUUCAGUUGCUAAUUUACCUCUUAGGUUUGGAAGAAAUUACCUGGAAGAAAGAAACAUUAGACCAAUUGCUAAUUUGCCUCUGAGGUUUGGGAGAGCGUUUGGAGACAACAUACGUAGGCAUGCUCCAAGGGUACCACACAGGCUUGGGAGAGCUCCACUUGUUAAAAGUUCCAGUCGAUCACUUCUAAAUCUGCCACAGAGAUUUGGGAAAUCACUGCCUGCCAAUCUGUCUCAAGGCAUUCAGGAAUCUGAACCAGGGAUAUGAAUUCUAGCAGUUAUGUUAAUACUGGAGUCAAAUCAUGAAGACAGAAUCUGAAAGACUUGGAAAAGCUGCAACAUGUUUUCAAAACUAAAGGUCAUGAAAAGGAAACAUAGAAGAACUCAAAUGCAAACCUGUCAUCACGUUAUGAAUAAUGUAUUUAUUCUGUACAAACCUUUGAUGUGUAAGGCAAUGAUAAUUGUAGUGGUUUGCUUCAGUGGCAGUGUAGUAAAAACUCUAUUUACUUCUGUGGAACUUACGUCCUGUUGGUUGUAAAACCUAAUU